UGCUUCUGCAACCCAGAAGGCAUAGAAAAUCGAAUCACUACAAUACAUCAUGAAUAACGUGACAGAGUUAGUUAGCAGCAAAGAUUCUGAUGUCAAUUGCGACAGUGGCAGUAUCUCUAUCCUAAGCAGCGGGGAUUUGGAUUCUUUACGGAGUCUAAUGCAUCAACUGCUUCGAGACUGCGGCUGGCAGGAUGACAUUCGCAAAAAGAUACACAACAUUCUGGAUACGCGAGGAGUGAAUCAAGUUAGUGAAGGAGAUGUCAUCGCCGAGAUCAUACCCUUGGCAAGUAAAUUGGUACCCAAGGAAGUGCGAUGUGAGCUGGAAAAACGAGUGCGUGAUAUCUUGCUGUUGAAUUUGGAUAUUUAGAAAUAGUUGUAUAAUACAUACAGUGGUUCACAGCUAAUUUCAACCAGCACCUUAAAAAAAGUUUGUUGGGCUAUAAAAUCUAAACUAUUGGGGAUAUCCCGAAAAUUUAAA